GGCAUCCUACGGCCACUCUUUUGUGGGAACCAGCGAAGCGGAAAUAGACUUUUAUUCCGCAGGUAGGGUCGCUGUCGGGGGGCGGACAUCCAAGAGCAAGUCUGCAACUACUCUCGGUCAUAUGUAGACACUCGCGGGUGUCGUUUUCAUGUACAGGACAUCUUGUUGACGCGGAUAAGUCCAGAGCUGAGAUCUCCCUUGGUGUCGAGGCUCACGGUCUCCCGCCGUGUUUGAAGAAGAUGGACCGGCUGUGCGGAGCAGACCUCCCCUUCUGGGUAGCCAAUGUGACGCUCCAAACGGAUGAGCCAGACCUUCCCAAAUGUUUCCAGCUCACGGUUCUAUCAUGGCUCCCUUGCAUCUAUCUCUGGGUUGUCUCACCCAUCUACAUCUUCUAUCUGAAGCGGAACCACAAGGGCUACAUAAUGGUGUCAGUAAUGAACAGAUUCAAAACAAUAUUUGGAAUCUUGUUAUGGAUCGUGUGUUGGUUGGAUCUUUUCUAUACGUUCCACGAACUACAAAGUGGGAACAAGCAACCGCCUAUCUACUUCAUUACCCCACUCGUGCUUGGCAUGACCAUGUUGUUGGCCACAUUUUUGAUCCAGUAUGAGCGGUUACGUGGGGUCCAGUCUUCAGGCGUGCUUUUUAUCUUCUGGUUCCUGUCCGUACUGUGCGCCAUCGUGCCAUUUCGCUCCAACAUACUGCUGGCAUUAAGUCAGAGCGAAGUGGAAGACAAGCUGCGAUUCACGACCUUCUACUUCUACUUUGGUCUGGUGGUGUGUGAGCUGAUCCUUUGUUGUUUCAAUGAAAAACCUCCUCUCUUCUCCAGUGUCGUCACAGACCCUAACCCCUGCCCUGAAAAUACAGCUGGUUUUCUUUCACGCAUUACAUUUUGGUGGUUCACGAGGUUGGCCAUCAAAGGUUACAAGAUGCCACUGGAGGCCAAGGACCUUUGGUCGUUGAAUGAGCGUGACCGCUCCAAAGUGAUCGUGCCCCAACUCCUCAAAGAAUGGGAGAAGGAGUUGUCCAAUAGCAAGAGAAGUGAACAGAAUUCAUCCAGUCAGGCUCAGUUCUCCAAGCUGCCACCACCCACCACUAACCACACAGCAGGAGGAGCAGAAACCAGCCCUGAGGAAGUCGAAGUUCUGCUGUCCAGUCAAAAAGCUUCACCCAAAAAGCCAUCUUUCCUGCGAGCCAUGGUCAAAGCUUUUGCACCCUACUUCCUCAUUGGUUCUGCCUACAAGCUCCUGCAGGACAUCAUCACUUUCAUCAACCCUCAGCUUCUCAGGAUGUUGAUCUCCUUCACAAAGCAGGAAGGUGCUCCGAGGUGGUGGGGCUUCAUGCUGGCCUUCCUCAUGUUCUUCACCGCCUUCAUGCAGACCCUCGUCCUCCACCAGCACUUCCAGUACUGCUUUGUCACUGGCAUGAACAUCCGCACAGCUCUGAUUGGAGCCAUCUACAGGAAGUCUCUGGUCAUUACAAAUGCUGCCAAGCGGUCCUCUACGGUCGGAGAGGUGGUCAACUUGAUGUCUGUGGACGCUCAAAGGUUCAUGGAUCUCACCACCUUCCUCAACAUGCUGUGGUCUGCUCCUCUUCAGAUAGUACUCGCGCUGUAUUUCCUCUGGCAGACUCUUGGACCAUCUGUGCUGGCAGGAGUCGCUGUCAUGAUCCUACUGAUCCCUUUUAAUGCUGUCAUUGCCAUGAAGACAAGAACUUACCAGGUUGAGCUAAUGCAGCACAAGGACUCUCGGAUCAAACUGAUGAACGAGAUCCUCAAUGGGAUUAAAGUUCUGAAGUUAUAUGCCUGGGAGAACUCCUUCAGAGACAAAGUCUUAGAAAUCCGACAGAAAGAGCUGAAUGUGCUGAAGAAGACAGCGUACCUUGGAGCUCUCUCUACUAUGGCCUGGACCAGCGCACCCUUCCUGGUUGCCCUGACGACCUUUGCAGUUUACGUGACUGUGGAUGAGAAGAACAUUCUGGAUGCGGAGAAGGCCUUUGUGUCCCUCUCCCUCUUCAACAUUCUCCGGUUUCCUCUCAACAUGCUUCCACAAGUCAUGAGCAGCAUAGUUCAGGCCAGCGUCUCCCUGAAGAGGAUCCAGGAAUUCCUGAGUCACGAUGAGUUGGACCCAAACUCUGUUGACAGAAAGAACACAUCCUCAGAAUACACUGUGUCAGUAGUCAACGGGAGAUUCACUUGGAGCAAAGACGACUCGCCUGUUUUACACAAUGUGAACCUGAUGGUGCCGCGCGGCUCCCUGCUGGCAGUGGUUGGCCAUGUUGGCUCCGGGAAAUCUUCCCUCAUAUCCGCGCUGCUCGGAGAAAUGGAAAAACUUGAAGGGGAUGUGUCAGUCAGGGGUUCAGUGGCGUACGUACCUCAGCAGGCCUGGAUACAAAACGCCACCCUGCGAGACAACAUCCUGUUUGGGAAACCCUACAACGAGCAGAAGUACCGCUGCGUGCUGGAGGCUUGUGCUUUAACUCCUGACCUGGAGGUUCUGCCUGGAGGAGACAUGACGGAGAUCGGGGAGAAGGGUAUCAACCUCUCAGGUGGUCAGAGGCAGAGGGUCAGUCUGGCCCGAGCUCUCUAUAGUGAUGCUGAUGUCUAUCUGCUGGAUGAUCCGCUGUCAGCUGUUGAUGCCCAUGUUGCCAAACAUAUCUUCGACAAUCUCAUCGGCCCAGGGGGAGCGCUGAUGGGGAAGACACGCAUCCUGGUCACACAUGGCAUCAGCUUCCUGCCUCAGGUGGACAACAUAAUGGUGAUGGUAGAUGGCUGUGUGUCCGAGAUGGGCUCCUAUCACGCGCUGCUGAAAGAAAAUGGAGCCUUUGCUGAAUUUCUCAGGAACUAUGCACUGGAGGACAUUGUCGAAGAAGCAGAGGCUUCAGAUAUGGAAAUAGAAGAUGAGGAACUGUUCCCAGAUGAUACACUGAGCAACCACAUAGACAUGGUGGAAAGUGAACCAGUGAUCAAUGAAACCAAGAGAAGGUUCAUAAGGCAGAUUAGUGCCGUGUCUAGUGAUGGAGAAAACCCCAGGCCCAGAUCAGUGAAGCGCUCAUUCUGCAGCCAAAGGAAACACCCAGAAAUACAAGAGAAGAAGCCAACCGGAAUGGAGAAGCUGAUCCAGACGGAGACAACAGAAACAGGCCGGGUGAAAGCCAAGGUCUACCUGGAAUAUGCCAAGGCCGUGGGAGUGCUGCUAUCAAUCCUCAUCUGCUUUCUGUAUGGCUGCCAGAGCGCAGCUGCCAUGGGAUCAAAUAUUUGGCUCAGUCACUGGACUAACGACGCCAACACAAAUCAGACAAAAGAGAGCGUGAACAUGAGGGUGGGGGUGUACGCAGCCCUGGGCUUCACACAAGGUGCGCUGUUGUUGGCUAACUGCCUGCUGUGUCGAGCCUACAGUAUGUUGCGUGCAGCAAAGAUCCAACACCGCAACAUGCUCCAGGGCGUCCUGCGAGCGCCGCAGGCCUUUUUCGAGAACAACCCUACUGGGCGGUUACUAAAUCGCUUCAGCAAGGACAUGGAUGCCAUAGAUACCCUCAUCCCUGACAAUAUUGACAUAUGGAUGCGCACUUUCUGGUAUACACUGAAUGUGCUGCUCAUAUGCUCUGCCCUCACCCCAAUGUUCCUCAUAGUCAUAGCCCCGUUAAUGAUGUUCUAUUGGUGGGUUCAGAGAUUCUAUGUGGCUACGUCUCGGCAGCUGAAGCGCCUGGAGUCAGUCAGCCGCUCACCCAUAUACUCCCAUUUCUCGGAGUCCCUGACCGGCGCCAGCGUCAUCCGAGCCUACAGCAGACACCCUGCCUUUGUCCUGAUGAGUGAUGCCAAAGUGGAUGAGAACCAAAAGAGCUACUACCCCGGUGUGGUGUCCAACAGGUGGCUUGGAGUGCGAAUUGAGUUCAUUGGAAACUGCAUUGUGUUGUUCGCUGCUGUGUUUGCGGUCAUUGGAAAGGAGAGUCUGAACCCCGGACUUGUUGGCUUGUCGUUGUCGUACGCUCUUCAGGUGACAAUGUCUCUCAACUGGAUGGUCAGAAUGACUUCGGAUUUAGAGAACAACAUUGUGGCAGUGGAGCGAGUGAAGGAAUACUCUGAGACCCAGACAGAGGCUCCGUGGGAGGUGGAGGACAAGAAGCCUCCUCCUGAUUGGCCCACGCUGGGGAAUGUGGAGUUCCAUCAGUACAGCGUUCGAUACCGGGAGGGACUCGAUCUGGUCCUGAAAAGUCUGACUCUGAGUGUCAAAGGAGGAGAGAAGAUCGGCAUCGUCGGCCGCACUGGAGCAGGCAAGUCCUCCAUGACGCUUAGCCUGUUCAGACUGCUGGAAGCUGCGGCUGGAGAGAUCUCCAUCGAUGAUGUGAAGAUAGCUGAGAUCGGCCUCCAUGACCUGAGGUCCAAACUCACCAUCAUCCCGCAGGAGCCCGUUCUGUUUUCUGGGACUCUUCGGAUGAAUUUAGAUCCUUUCGGUAAAUACACUGAUGAAGAAGUGUGGAAAGCUCUCCAACACUCUCACCUGCACAAGUAUGUCAGCAACCAGCCGGCCAAACUGGAGCUCGAGUGUUCAGAAGGAGGCGACAACCUCAGCGUGGGCCAGAAGCAACUGGUGUGUUUGGCUCGAGCACUACUGAGGAAGACCCGGAUCUUGAUCCUGGAUGAAGCAACUGCUGCUAUUGACCUGGAGACAGACGACCUUAUCCAGUCCACCAUCAGGACUCAGUUUGAGGACUGUACCGUGUUCACCAUCGCACACAGACUCAACACAAUCAUGGACUACACAAGGGUUCUGGUGUUGGACAAGGGUCAGAUAGCAGAGUUUGACACUCCAUCAAACCUCAUUGCACAGAAAGGAAUCUUCUACAACAUGGCAAAAGAUGCCGGGCUGGCCCAGUAGAGACUGACUGACCAUCCAGCCCACCUCCUUUGCUGCACUGACUGAAGGUCCAACAUGGACCUGAGGCCGUUUGCUGUAGCGAAAACAAGCAAACUAACAUGUGCACUGGUGUGAUGUCCUCUUUAUGUCUAGGAUCUGUAAGCAAUGAAGCCAUAUUUCAAUAGUCUAGUCCCAAGUGCCUUUCACGAGAGAGAGCUGUAGAGAGCUGUGACUAUCAAGUAGGAAGGGGAGGGUUUUUCUAAAGGUUUUUUUCUAUGUAUUCUUAAACCCCCAAAAAAGAAUAUCUGCUUUUCUUAUGAAACUUAUUUUUGUACUGUGCUCGUAUUUAAGUUUGUUAGGCAAUUAUCUGAACCAAAUCUAUAAAAACUUGAAUAUUAAAAUGACUU